CUCGCGUUAGAGUACUUGCGUUGUGCCUAUCUCGGCCCUCGCUGUCUUUACGGGACUUUUUCUUCCACUCUAGUAUCCACGCGCGUUGACACACACGGUUUCGUUCCAAUGACCGCAUGACACCUGUACGUAUCCAAUGCCCCAUCACCUAAAGAUUGAUGGGCCAGUCUUCCACCGGACCGGCUCUCAAUUCAAAAGAGACCAGUAUAGAGCUCUAGCUUGAGUACCUUAUUUCAAUACCCAUCAGCAUUGCAGUAUAUUCUCAUGUUGGGCCAAAAAAUCUGGCUGAUUACUGGCACAUCCUCUGGCUUUGGUCGUCGUCUUGCGGGCCUCGCGCUUGCAAGAGGGGAUCGCGUCAUCGCGACAGCUCGUACUUUAAGCAAAAUCGAACAUUUUCCGAAGCACCCAAACCUUCAUCUUAUGCAGCUUGACGUCAAUGCCAGCACAACGGAAAUAAAAGCGCGAAUAGAUCACGCUGCUAGUGUAUGGAAUGGUAUUGAUGUAUUAGUGAACAAUGCAGGCUACGGGCGGCCUGCACUUCUUGAAGAGGGAGGCGCCUCGCUCAUGCUCCGCCAGUUUCAAACGAAUUUUUUCGGGGUGGUUAAUGUUUGCAAUGCAGUACUACCCCACAUGAGAGAAAAACGCAAUGGCACAGUUGUGGUCAUCGGCAGUAGGAGUGCAUGGAAGCCAGAAAUCAGAGGCCUUGGGUUCUAUGCCGCAAGCAAAGCCGCCGUACAUGCGAUGAGUGAAUCACUGGCGUUAGAACUGGAGCCAUUCAAUAUUCGGGUAUUGCUCGUGGAGCCAGGGGCAUUCCGCACCGAGGGCAUCCUCGGUUACCAAUGGGACUGCUCCAAUCCCAUCCCGGAUUAUGACGAGCAGCGAGCUAAUGGACGUGUGAACUUCUAUAAGCCUGCCGGGACACAACCAGGCGACCCAGAGAAAGCUAUGAAAAUUGUUGUAGAUGUGGUGAAGGGAGAGGGCUACGCCGCAGGCAGGGAAUGGCCUCUGUAUCUUGUACUAGGUAAGGAUGCAGAGGCCGAUAUUAGACACAAGUGCGCCAAGGUUCUGAAGCACCUUGACGACUGGAAUGACGUUGUCAGAGGAGUUGAUCAUCCCGUAUGACUUGUGUACGAUUUUGCACCAGUACUUGCAAAGAACACUUCAUUCUUCAUAAUCUGAACCUCGUAAUUGAUGUAUAGUCGGCUAGAAGUAGUCGGAAACUCUGGGG